CCAGAGUGAAGUGUUGGGUGGUUUUUUGCUCCGGUCGUCGACGUCGUAAUCGUCGCAGUGAAAGCAAACGAAACGAAAUCCACAGGACACAAGACGAAAGAAAACGAAAGAUCAACGACAAAACGUGAGCGAGUCGAGUGCUAGGUGUUACAAUUGCAAAUUGUGUUGUUGACGGUGUUUCGGUUUGCAGUGUUCAGUUGUUUACCGAGGAAACUCCCUAACAGCAUAAGGAAGCUUCCGGCAAAGAUGAGACGAUUGAUCACUUCCGCGGCAGGAUUGCUGCUACUCCUCACGCUCGCCGUGAGCACCACCAGUGCCGCCGACGAGUGGGGAUGGUUACCACUCGACGAAAGCCUCAUCGGGCAGGAAAAGGUACGAGAAAAGCGUCAGGAUAUCGGUGUACUGCCCGCGGAACAGCAACAGAACGCAACGGAGGUCGGCGAUGAGGACAUUCUAAACUUCCUGCUCGACAGCGGACGCCAAGGGCGCAGCCUCGAAGGUUUCGACGAGGUGUACGCCGAUCCCUCGGUCCAGGAUGCCCUCCAGAACGCGGACGAUGCGCAGGCACGCAACAUCAUCAAGGAUAAGCUGUGUGCGCUCGGUCUGAUGCAGUGCGAUGGUGGCCAAGUGGUCGAAGGCAAACGUCCGUAUUAUCCGAUCUACGCCCAGCAACAGCAGCCACCUCGUCGUCCUCCACCACCACCACGAGGACCGCCACUGCCACCACAGCAGUACGCUCAGCGUCCUCCGGUGCCACCACAGGGGCCACCGCGGCCACAGCAACACCAGGGUCCCUAUGGACCACCGAAGCCAAUGCCGGUCCCACAGCACAAAGUAGGAUACGCCGGACCUCAGCAACGACCUCCAUUCGCCGGUGGACCUCCAUCCGGUUCGUUCCAAUCCGGCCCCAGCUAUGCCUCGGCUUAUCCUUCGAAACCACUCGGCCCGAUUUACGAAUCCGAUACGCCUCCGUUCGAGUUCGAACCGAUCGGUGAUAAAAUCUUCGAGGGUCCAACGUACGCCAAGCCCGGAAUUGUGCUGAACGAAGGUUCGCUGGUCAAGCCGGUCGAGCAGCACAUCCACCACCAUUACCAUCACAUCGAUGGAGCAUCCGAUUCCAAGACGGUCGUCGUUAACAAUCCCAUUCCGAUCGAUUCAUCCCUGCUGAGCGGUUCCGCUGUCGUUGGUGGUGGUAGCUCGGGACUCUAUUCGGCGAAUGGUGGUGUCUACGGUGCCGGAUCAGGUUCGACCGGUGGAUUCUCACCGCUGGCUGGUGCAGAGUUCGAUUACAAGGAACUGAAGGGUGUGAACAAUAAUGGUGGCUUCGGACAAUCCGCUACGUACGCUGCCCAAUCGAAACCGGUGUUCGAAGGAGCGUCCACAUUUGGACAACAGGGCGUUAAGCAGAGCCUGUACAACCAAGGCCCGGCCCAGUUCGGUUCGUCCGCCAGUGGCAGUAACACGCUGUACAGUGGCGAGAUAUCCGGAGCGUACCAGAGCACCGGAAACGGUGGCUUCCAUUCGUCGAACCCGGCACUCUACAAAAAGGAACUGAACGUUAAGGGACCGGCUUCGUCGAACGGUCUCGGAUCGUACACUGGCAACAAUGCCGCUUACAGCAAGUACAACAACCAGUACAGCAAUGGUCAGUACUCUUCGAAUGGUGGGCAACAGUUCGGUUCGAAUGGUGGACAACAGUUCGGUUCGAAUGGAGGACAACAGUUUGGCUCCAACGGUGGACAAUUCGGUGGCCAGUACAGUCAGUUCGCGAAUGGAAACGGCAUCGAAGACUGCGUCUGCGUACCGUACGAUCAGUGCCCGGCUCAGGAUGUGAUCGGACGCAAGGAUGAUCUGAUUCUGCCGCUGGAUCCGCGUAAUCUCAAGUCGGACAUCGAAGCAGCCGCCGACGAAGUCGUCAUUACCGAUGGCAACGGCACGAUGACGGUCGUUCGCGUUCCCAAGAACGCUACCACCGAUACGGCAGCCAGCAACAAAUCGGCCACAACCGUCGCCAAGAAGGUCAGCAAACGUGAAGCAGCCGCCGCCACGCCGGAGGGUAAAUCGAACGAAGGAAAAGCCAACAUUGAACCGCGGCUUGGCGGUGGUGGUGGCUACAAUGGCGGAGACAAGAAAGUCGUUCCUACCUUCGGUGUUUCCUUCGGUCUGCCGUAUCCGUCCGGUUAUCCGUUGAAUCCGUACGGGCCAAAUCCGGCCCAAAAUCCUUACUUUGGGGCGAUCGGUGCGAACGGGUUGAACCUGGGGUUGAUUAACGUCAAUCCGCUGCUCUCACUGCAAGUGACCAAGGAUGAGUACGGGGAUAAGGUGCUGAAACCGUUGGUCAAUCUGCACGUCACACCGACGGAGAAUGUGGUGCACAAGCUUGGCCAUUUGCUGGCGGCCAAGAAGCAAAACAUCUAUCACGUGUUUAACCAGCACGAGCAUUACCAUGCGCACCACGGAUAUCCGAGACCGCCGCCGGUUUACUAUCCCAGUCAUCCACCGCCACCUCUGCACCAUGGUCCUGGACCGAUCCUGUCUCGACCACCAUUCGGCGGUGGACAUGGACACGGACCGGAGCUUAUCUACACGAAGCCUCCGGGUCCAAUCUACACCGGACCGGGGCCUCAUGGUUUCAACCGACCACCGUUCUUGGCUGGACCUGGGUUCGGUGGACCCGGAUUCGGUGGUGGUCCUCCCGUUCCACCGUUUCACCCCGGUGCUGGCCCUAGGCCACCCUUUUUCCGUGAUGCUUCCUCGCUAACGGGUGAAGCUGGCCCCGAGAUCGAGUACGAUCCAACGGAUUUAAGUCGCAGUAAUAACGUGACGUUCGACCGAAGCUUGGCCACGAUACCGACGGGCAACUUCAAUUACCAGUCCGUGUAUCCGCAGAACCAACCGAACGAAAUCAAUCGGAACAGAGCGCAGUACGGUCGGCAGUACCAAGGCUACAGUGGCCAACAGCAGCAGCAGCAGCAGCAAGGUGGCAGUGAUAACCUUCGUGCCGUUGUUGUUCCCCCCACACAGAACGUACCGGCGCAAGCACCGGGAUUUGCCAAAGGUAGCGACACCGUCAGCUUCCCGAACAGUCGUCGUCGUCGCCGGCGAUCGACCGAUGUUGAGGUACCGAAAGAAUUGGAGGGUGAGCUCACGAGUGCCAUCGAAAAGGGCGAAUCGGGUGUUGGUGGUGCCGUUGACGCCGCGAUACAAGAAAAAUCUUACUCCACCGAGAAGCGUCAAGCCUACUACGGUCCACGGCCCGGUCAGCAGCAGUGCAGCGGUCGCCAGGUUUGCUGCCGUCGCCCAGCCUACCGUCCCAAUCUGCCGAGCCAGAAUCUCGGCAAGUGCGGUGUCCGCAAUGCACAGGGCAUCAACGGACGUAUUAAGAACCCGGUGUACAUCGAUGGUGACAGUGAGUUCGGCGAGUACCCGUGGCAGGUGGCCAUCCUGAAGAAGGAUCCGAAGGAAUCGGUUUACGUUUGCGGUGGCACCCUGAUCGAUAAUCUGUACAUCAUCACGGCUGCGCACUGUGUUAAGACCUACAACGGAUUCGAUCUGCGCGUGCGACUCGGCGAGUGGGACGUGAAUCAUGAUGUCGAGUUCUAUCCGUACAUCGAGCGGGACGUCAUUUCGGUGCAGGUGCACCCCGAGUACUACGCCGGUACGCUCGAUAACGAUCUGGCCAUCCUGAAGAUGGAUCGUCCGGUGGAUCUGACGAGCGCUCCGCACAUUGCACCCGCCUGUCUGCCCGAUAAGCAAACGGAUUUCUCGGGCCAACGCUGCUGGACUACCGGUUGGGGCAAGGAUGCAUUCGGUGAUUACGGAAAGUACCAGAACAUCCUGAAGGAGGUGGACGUGCCGAUCGUAAAUCACUACCAGUGCCAGAACCAGCUCCGCCAGACGCGUCUCGGCUUCUCGUACAACCUUAACCCGGGCUUCCUGUGUGCCGGUGGUGAGGAAGGCAAGGAUGCCUGCAAGGGUGAUGGUGGUGGUCCGCUGGUGUGCGAACGGAACGGUGUCUGGCAGGUGGUUGGCGUCGUCUCGUGGGGUAUCGGUUGCGGACAGGCUAAUGUGCCCGGUGUGUACGUCAAGGUGGCCCAUUACCUCGACUGGAUCAACCAGGUCCUUUCAGUUUUACAUAAUUUUCCCUCAAUUUUAGCGAUGGCCACGAUAAAAUACAUCGGCAGGACGACAGAUUUCCGUGGCAAAACGCUGUGGGAAAUCGUGGGAAACCUGAAGAACUUUGGCGUCGGCCGUGUCGUGGUGCGCAGCAUGUUUGAGCGCUAUCCGGAGCCGAGCUUCAUGAAAAUCCUCAAAGUGGAAGCCCUGCCGAAUGAGGAACCGUACCGGAAGGUGCGUGUAACGGUGGAGAAAACGUUCCGUGGCCGCAAGUGCCCCAAUCCGGUGCAGGUGGAGAGUGUUUCCUACAAAGCCGAUUACCGGUUGCUGUCAAAGCAUGAAGAGGAAUCCUACUGCAAGCUGGUGGAGCGGCAAGAGAAGAUAUUCCCCCGUGAGAUCGAACUUCCGCCACUGCUGAGAGACUUUGUUGCGCGAGAAACGGGUAAACCGGCCCCAAUGAUUCCGAUCAAGCUGAAGGUGGGUCGUGAAAACCAUUACCGGUUAGCGAAUGAAGGUGAACGCCCGACCGUGACCGUAACGAUGAACAUCGGUCAACCGGCUAGUCCUAGUUUGUACGCCAACUGUGAGCUCUAGUGAGGAGACCGGCCGGGGAGCGAGUAAUAAAGUUUAGCUGUUAUAUCGAAACAAGGAA